AUGUCUCUUUCAAGUAAGCUCUCCGUCACCGACCUCGACGUUGCAGGUAAGCGUGUUUUCAUCCGUGUUGACUUCAACGUUCCAUUGGAUGGCAAGACCAUCACCAACAACCAAAGAAUUGUUGCUGCUUUGCCAACCAUCAAGUAUGUCUUGGAGCACAAGCCAAAGGCUGUGAUCCUUGCCUCUCACUUGGGUAGACCAAACGGUGAGAAGAACGACAAAUACUCCUUGGCUCCAGUGGCUGCCGAGCUUGAGAAGCUUCUCGGUCAACCAGUCGAGUUCUUGAGCGACAGUGUCGGUCCAGAGGUUGAGGCUGCUGUCAACAAGGCCACCAACGGUCAGGUUAUCCUUUUGGAGAACCUCCGUUACCACAUUGAGGAGGAAGGUUCCAAGAAGACCCCAGAAGGUAAGGUCAAGGCUUCCAAGGAGGAUGUUGAGAAGUUCAGAAAGCAAUUGACCUCUUUGGCCGAUGUCUACGUCAACGAUGCCUUUGGUACUGCCCACAGAGCCCACUCUUCCAUGGUUGGUUUCGAUUUGCCACAGAGAGCUGCUGGUUUCCUCAUGUCCAAGGAGUUGACCUACUUCGCUAAGGCUUUGGAGAACCCAGUCAGACCAUUCUUGGCCAUCUUGGGUGGUGCUAAGGUUUCCGACAAGAUCCAAUUGAUUGACAACUUGCUCGACAAGGUUGACAUCCUCAUCAUUGGUGGUGGUAUGGCUUUCACCUUCAAGAAGGUUAUCGACAACACCGCUAUUGGUGACUCUAUCUACGAUGAGGAGGGUGCCAAGAUUGUCCCACAAUUGGUCGAGAAGGCUAAGAAGAACAACGUUGAGAUUGUUCUCCCAGUCGACUUCGUCACCGCUGACAAGUUUGCUGCUGACGCUACUGUUGGUUACGCUACUGCCGAGGCCGGUAUCCCAGACCACCUCCAAGGUUUGGACAACGGUCCAAAGACCAGAGAGUUGUUCGAUGCUGCCAUUGCCAAGGCUAAGACCAUCGUCUGGAACGGUCCACCAGGUGUCUUUGAGUUCGACAACUUUGCUGCUGGUACCAAGGCUAUGCUUGAUGCUGCUGUCAAGUCUGCCGAGGCUGGUAACACUGUUAUCAUUGGUGGUGGUGACACUGCUACCGUUGCUAAGAAGUACGGUGUUGCUGACAAGUUGUCUCACGUCUCCACUGGUGGUGGUGCUUCUUUGGAGUUGCUCGAAGGUAAGGAACUUCCAGGUGUCGUUUACUUGUCCAACAAAUAA